AUGUCGGGUCAAACAACGGUGGCAUCGGAAUACUCCGCGGAAAUACACUCGGUGCCAAUUGAACACCGAUUCAACCCUUAUUCGGAUAAUGGGGGGACCGUGCUUGGCAUAGCAGGAGAGGACUUUGCCGUGUUGGCAGGCGAUACUAGACAAGUCGAAGGAUACUCGAUACAAUCCAGAUACGAGCCAAGGGUCCACAAUGUGGGGGACAACAUCUUGAUGACGGCAAACGGGUUUGCGGCCGACGGGGUGGCCUUGAUAGAUCGGUUCAAGCAAGCGUUCAAAUGGUACAAGUUUGACAAUGAGAACAGAAAAUUGGAAAUCAGGAGUGCUGCUAGAUAUAUCCAGCAUUUGCUUUACGGCAAGAGGUUCUUCCCCUUUUACGUCAGUACGUUGAUUGCCGGCUUGGACGAAGAAGGCAAAGGUGCGGUGUAUUCGUACGACCCAGUGGGAAGCUACGAACGAGAACAGUGUAGAGCUGGUGGUGCCGCGGCAAGCUUGAUCAUGCCGUUUUUGGAUAACCAGGUCAAUUUCAAGAACCAAUAUGUACCGGGUACCGACGGUAAAGAGAAGAAACCCAUGAAGUACUUGACUUUGGAAGAAGUCAUCGAGUUGGUCCGAGACGCUUUCACCUCGGCCGGAGAGAGGCACAUCUACGUGGGCGACGGUCUUGAAAUCAUGAUUGUUACAAAGGAUGGCGUCAGGACCGAAUACUACCCACUAAAGAGAGAUUAA